UCCAAGGAAUACAGCAAGUUCAUAUAGUAUCAAAGGUUUUAUUCUAAAGGUUGUGCACAAGCAAUGGGGCAGAGAUCUGUGUAUGCAUAAGUUUUUAAAGGUGGCAACACAGGUACAGGGAGCUGCUCACAAAGUGCAGGGUAUUCUAGGUUUUUUUAACAGAGACAUGGGGUACAAAAGCAGGGAGGUUAUCUCGAACAUAUAAAUGUUACUAGUUAGACAUCAGCUGGAGUACUGUGUACAUUUCUGCACACUGCACCUUAGGAAGGAUGUGAAGACAUUGGAGACAGCGAAGAAAAAGAAUUCUAAGAUUGAUUCCAGGGAUGAGAAACUUCAAUUGUUAAAGUAGAUUAGUAAAGUUGGAUCAUUUUUGGUUGGACAGGAGGAGGUUAAGAAGUGAUUUGAAAGAAGUGUAUAAAAUCAUAAUAGCCCUGGGCAGAGUAAAUGGAAAUCAAUUUUUCCACCUGCAAAAGGAUCAAGAUGCAAAUGUGAGAUAAAGAAUCCACGAUGGAAAAUAGUGAAGAGACGGUUAAGUACUUUCAACACAAUGGCAUCAUAUUCUCUUCAUCGAUACACUCAGUUGAGCGACUUGAAUGGUUAAAAGAUUUCAACAUAGAUCCAGAUAUUCCACUCCUCAUCACUUACCCCAAAUCUGGAACUACUUGGAUGCAGCAGAUCAUAAGUCUGAUUUUAUGUAACGACAAUGAGUCCACAAAACAGAUGAACCUGUAUUGUAGAGCCCCAUGGAUAGAGAGUACCCGACUCAAGCCUGAGAGCACAGAUUAUCAACUAUUGACAACACACUUAAACUACCAAAUGGUGCCAAAUAGUGUGAAAAACAAAAAGCACAAGGUUAUUUAUGUUGCCAGAAAUCCCAAGGAUGUGAUUGUGUCAUCAUACCACUUUCACAAAUAUAGCCGUUUCUUGGAGGCACCGAAGGAUUUUCAGGAAUUUUUGGAGCAAUUUGUUGAAGGAAAUGUGUUUUAUGGAUCUUGGUUUGAACAUAUCAAAGGCUGGUGCGGUCAGAAAGAUGAACUCAACAUCCUGUUUGUGGCUUAUGAGGAUAUGAUAAAAGAUCUCCGGAAUGUUGUCCAAAAAGUUGCAUCUUUUCUGAAUAAAAAGUUGGACGGAGAAACAUUGGAGUCAAUUUUGAAUCAAUGCACAUUUAAAUGUAUGAAAGAAGAUCCUCGAACAAACUACCAAGGUGUAUCAGAGUUGUUCAAUACUGAGAGUGGCUCUUUUUAUAGAAAAGGAAUUACUGGAGACUGGAAGAAUCACUUUCUUGUGUCUCAGAAUGAGUGGUUUGAUUCCAUCUACCAGGAGAAAAUGGGAGACUUCCCUCUGAAGUUUGACAGUGGUGUGAACGAUCAGACUUCAUUCCCAAAUAAGUAGUAAUUUUAAAAUUUAAAUAUUGCAGAUUGUGAUUCUCCAAUAUCUUUCUAUAGAACUUUUCCUGAUGUAUCCUGUACGGGCAUGCAAAGAUAGUAUAGGAAGUGACCCCCUUGUUCAUCAAGAAUCUAUCCAUCCCUGACUUAAAAAUACUCAAAGGCUCUGAUUCCACUACCUUUCAAGGAAGAGAAUUUCAAAUAAGCUACCGUCCAUUUUUAAACAAAGACUCACAAUUAUAAAUUCUCCAGUAGUGGGAAGUAUCCAUUCCACAUCAAAUCUGACAAGACCCUUUGGGUUCUUGUCUAUUUCAGUCAGGUUACCUCUUCAUUUUCUAAACUCCAUGAACUACAAGUCCACCCUGUCCAAUGUCUCCUUGUGAGCUCUUUGAUUCCUUUGAUAAACCUUCUCUGUUCUGUUUCCAAUGCAUCCGCUUCCGUCCUUCAAUAACGAGACCAAUACUGUAGACAGUACUUGAAUGUGGCCUCACUAGUGACGAGUAUAACUGAAGAAUAACCUCUCAGUUUUCGUAUUCACUUCCCUUUGCAAUAAACAAGAACUUUCUUUUGGAUCCAACCAUUUCAUUUUACUUCCAAACUCAACUAUUCGAAGGAAUUCCUGGCUGGCCUUCUAUUGCUUUACCCCAAUAAACCCUUCACUUAAAAUCCUGCCUCACUUAUCCCAAAUCUGACAAGGCUGGCAGUUGUUGACCUUCUCUACGAACUCUUGAAUUGAUUAGUUAUCUGGGCCACUUCAGAGUCAAUCACCUUACUGUGGGUAUGGGGUCAUACGUAGCUAACAGAUGGGGAUGAUUGAUUUCCUUCCUGAAAGAACGUUGGUGAAUUGGAUGUAUUUUACCGCAAUCAACAAUGCUUAUGUGGCCAGUAUUAGAUUUUUUUUAUUUCCAGAUGAUAUUGAAUUAAAAUUUCACCAGUAGCCAUAGUGGAAUUUUGACCCCUGUUUUCAGAAUCUUAGCCACCACCUCUGGAUUUCUAGUCCAGUGACAUGACCAUUAUGUCGCAGCCUCCCCAUAAUAAUAAAGAAAGACCACCUGCAUCUCUUCUGAACCAUUUCACCUACCUGCUCAGCUAUCUUUUAGAAUCUGUGGCCAAACACUCUGAGGUCCUUCGUUUCCUCUUAACCUUUCAGUACCAUUUAUGGAUAUUAAUUUGAUUUCUCCAAAAAUAGAGUUCCAAUUAACACUUCUUCAUAUUGAAUUCAAUUUGCUCAUCUGACCAGUUGGUGUCAAAAUAUUUUAUUUUUCAACAGCUUCCAUCGAGAUUUCUUCAGGAUUACUUUUGGAUUUUCAGGGCGAUGGAUUGAUGUUCAGGAGUUCCUUUCUCAUCCUCAAUAACUCCUUUAUUUGUUAAUUAAGUCACAAAGAAACUUCUUGAUUUAUCUUAACGCAUGGGAUAUUCUUGCUGACAUUUGGAGUAUUUGAACUCUCAGAAUUAGAUGAAUUAGAUUAGAUUAGAUUCCCUACAGUGUGGAAACAGGCCCUUUAGCCCAACAAGUCCACACCGCCCCUUGGGGCAUGCCACCCAGACCCAUCCCCCUAUAACCCACACAUCUCUGAACACUAUGGGGAAUUUAGCAUGGCCAAUCCACCGAGCAUGCACAUCUUUGGACUGUGGGAGGAAACCAGAGCACCUGGACAAAACCCAUGUAGACGCGGGGAGAAUGUGCAAACUCCGCACAGACAGUUCCCAGAGGCUGGAAUCGAACCCAGGUCCCUGGUGCUGUGAGGUUGCGGUGCUAACCACUGAGCCACUGUGCUCCUCAAAUUCAACAAUACCCUCACUUAGCCUGAGCCUAGUAAACUUAAAGCCAUGACAUUUCAUGAAAUCAUUAAUCUCCUGGGCACUGCAGUAUUUAAAUUGGGAAGAGACACUCAACAAACUUUAGCAAUAUAAGUCUUCCAUGCCAAAGAAUAACUUGUACACGCUGCUGCACAUUAAAAAAAACCUGAAACAAGCUUCCCACAGACUGACGAGGUCUCAACGAAACAGUUGCAUCUUUGUUAUUGACAUGGUGACUGUACCUUAAGUAACAUAAAAAAUGUUUUAAUGAAGUAGAACUGUUUAAUGUUAAAAAUUAGUCAAUUGACUGUGUUCUUAACAAUAACUUCACCGCUUUCUAGGGAAAAGGUAUAAAUUUGCAACUCCUCUUUCCUUACCUUUAUAGCUCCUCUUCCCCCACCCCUUUGUAGCUUCUCACCCUCACUUUGUAUUUCCCUUUCAACCCCUUUUUCAUUCCCUCGCUACUCUGCAGCUACACUUCUUUCCAGAUUCCAGGACUGGUAGCUUUGCUCCGCGGGCCCUGGCGUCACCUUCCAUUCCCACAGACUUCAGCUUUGCAGCCUUGCUGACUGCUCCCACUCACCUCACUGAUGAUUCAGUUGCAGACUGCUCCCCUCCCAUGUUUGCAAGUGAGAGUCAGCCUGUGAUUGGAGGCGCAGCUCCUCAAAGAUAUUGUCCAUUCUGUUGAUGGGAUAGCUUUACGCCCAAUUGUUCUCCUGUGACAAAAUAUUCCCAGGUCUUUUGAGAGGAUUUUGAGAUAAAUUCCCCCACCUUUCCAAGUAUUUUGAGUGUCACUGACCAGCCUAUUAAUAUAUUCCUGCAAUCUGCAGCUUUCUCUCACUAUUAGCUAAACUUCUUAAUAGUCUCCUCGAAAUUUAAGCGUAUAUCACCAAUAUUUACAUAUUUUAGUCUCAAUCAUUCACAUAUAUAUAAGCAUUUAGAUUUUAAUAGAUGGCAUAAUCUGUGUAAAUCAGAUAUACAUUGGAUAUAAAAAUAAUACAUAUCAAUGUUUAAAUUGUAAUAUACGUGAUAAUUACAAGCCUGUGCCAACUCCCACAAAAAGAUUGCAGGCGAGUGUAAUGGAAAGCAAGUGCUGUUUAUUUGUGAACUGAAAAAUCUGGACCAACACACUUCCAUUUCUUCUCAUGAAUAAAUAAAAUAUAAAAAUCAAAACAUAUAAUUUAAAAUGAUAUUGCUAAAGACAUCUGGCAGAAAAGAUGAUCCCACCUUUUUGGCACCAGAAAUCCUAAUUUUUGCAUUUCUUUGUCAUAUAGGUCAAGCUCCUUUACAGCCAGAACAAAUUUGCAUAAUUGGUAGCUGAUCUCAAUGUUUCAAUUGUCAAAUGUGUACUAUCUCCCUGGUACCUCAAAAUUGAUACAAAUGCCCGAGCAGGCGAUGCAGGUCGUUUUCAGAAAAUCCGCUGAAAAUUCAGACCACACCACUCCUUUCAUUGAAUACCAAUGAUAUUUUAAAAAGUGACCACUCGUGCACAUGGGGUACAAACUCAAAGUUGCUGGAAAUGUUCAGCAGGUCAGGCACUAUCUGUGAAGGGAAAAACAGAGUUAAUGUUUUUGGUCCGGUGACGCUUCGUCAGAACUCAUAUGCACGGGAUGGUUCACUUGUAUAUUUGGUGUAUAAGUGGAUCCCUGCAUUUGGAAGACUUUGUUUUUCAAUUUAUAUGCCAACUUCUACAGGAUAGUACUCUUUUGGGCUGCUUUCCCGGAUCUAUUCAUCAAUUCAUUGUAGCCUUUUUCUAUAAUGGUAGCCAAGAGAGUAAUCUUCAGACAUUGAUGAGGUGCUGCGAGAGUUGGCUGUAUCACACUAAGUUUGAUCAAACUCCUCUUCCUUAUCGAAUACUUAUGUGAAUAUCAAUAUAACUACUUUAUAAAAGUUCGAUAAUUAAUUGACAAUUUUUAUCAAAUAUUGCAUUUUCUGUAUUUUAAGAAUAAAUA